AUGGACAAGACCGAGAUUUCUGAAAAUCAAGCAUCAUGCCAAGAUGUGGCCAAACUACCACAAAAAGAAUAUUCCAAUAUUAAGAACUGCGAUAAUCUGGAAAACUCGAAUACAAAUACUCAAGACAAUUCCUUUCCAGCUAUUUUUUCUUUCAUUUGGGUCGGUCUAUUCCUGCUAGCAAUUGCCGUGAGCCUCGCGGGGCAGACCAUUGUGUCUUACCAGCCAUAUGCCCUUUCCGAGUUUAAUGCUCAUUCGAUGCUAUCCGUCAUCGGUACCGUUCAGUAUAUUUUAUAUGCAAUUGUUAAGCCAGCCCUGGCAAGAACGGCCAAUAUAUGGGGACUUCUUGAAGCAUUCAGCAUAUCAAUCAUCGCAAUUUUGAUUGGGUUUGCCAUUAAUGCAGCUUCCCAGAAUCUGGGAAGUCUGACAGCAGGUCAAAUCUUCUAUACAAUUGGCCAAGUUGGCAUACAAUUUUUGCAACAAAUAUUGAUAGCUGACAUUACUACGUUGGAGAAUCGCUCCAUACUCGGGAGCCUUGUUUUAUGCCCUACAAUAUUUACAUCUUGGAUUGGAGCGCCGAUCGUAAGUGCAAUGGUGCCUGAGAAAUGGAGGUGGGGAUACGGCAUGUGGGCAAUUAUAUUUCCGGUUGUAUCAAUGCCACUAUUGCUCUCACUUUGGCAAUAUUUACGACGUGGUAAUGAAUCUAAGACGACUGCUUCGAGCAGUGAAAUGAAAAGUAUUUCUGUGUUAUGGUCGCGCCUUGAUGUCGUUGGACAUAUACUUCUCACAGCCAGUCUAACACUUGUUCUACUUCCGAUGACACUUUCGACAUCGCCUUUCCAGUCAUGGACUUCGCCAGCCAAGCUAACUAUGGUUAUUAUUGGAGGAUGUUGCUUUAUUGCUUUUACGAUGUAUGAGAUUCAGAUCUCAUCUCAUCCCAUUGUUCCGUUCAAAUUGGCAAAAGAUCGGACUAUUGCAGCGGGUUGCAUAAUACAAUUUGCCCUUUAUUUGAGUUAUUAUAUCUGGGCGCCCUACUUCUUCUCAUUUAUUGUUAUUGUCAACAAUCAAUCGGCGAAGGCGGCAACAAAUAUCACUGCCUCUCAAGCAGUUGCGACGGCCGUCAUUGGAUUGCUUGUGGCCUUCAUUAUCAAGCUAACAGGUGUUUAUAAAUGGGCUAUUCUGCUCGGAAUGAUAUUAAAGUUAAUCGGCGCGGGGCUGAUGCUCAGAUACUCUAGCAUGAAUGCAAGCAUCGUUCAGAUAUUAUUUGGCCAGCUAAUAUCAGGGGCCGGGACAGGGAUGAUCUCUAUUAUCGCACAAACUGCUGUUCAAGCAGUAACAGAGCAUCAAGAUGUGGCAUCAGUAACAACCUUAUACGAGGUUUCCGGAGCUAUUGGGGGGGCGAUUGGUAACGCUUUAUCAGGUAUCAUCUGGACAGCUCUCCUCCUCCCACAGCUACGCAUUAAUCUUCCUGAUUCAGCACAGCCAGCAGCGAUCGAAAUAAAAAAUUCUUUCGUAGUGGCCUCAUCAUAUUCUCCCGGAAGUCCAGAAAGGACUGCUAUUGAUAAGAGCUACACAGAAGUUAUGCAUGUCCUUCUCAUUGUAGCGUUGGCAGUAUUGUCGGUGCCAUUUUUCGCAAUGUUUGCGAUGAAGGACAUGAGACUGAAAGAGCGCGAGUAA